AUGGGGGAAGAAAAUAAGCAACUGAGAUAUAUCGAUAUUGGCAUCAACCUGGGUGAUCCGGUGUUUCGAGGAAACUAUAACGGAAAACAAGUCCAUGAAGACGACUUGGCGGACAUUAUAGAGCGUGCCCGCAAUGUCGGGUGCGAAAAGUUCAUGGUGACAGGCUCUGAUUUGGAGGAAUCAAAGCAUGCUGUACAACUUGCCCGUGAAUAUCCGGGCUUUUGCUAUGCCACCGUCGGGGUUCACCCAUGUCAGGCAAAGCUUUUCGAUAGCUUUCCAGGGGGGCCCUCGAAAAUGCUCGAGCAACUCAAAGAGCUGGCGCUGAAGUCGAAGGAGGCCGGCCUUGCGGUGGCCUUCGGCGAGAUCGGACUCGACUAUGACCGCUUAUUUUUGAGCGGCAAGGAACAGCAGCUUAAAUAUUUCGAAGCACAACUGGACCUGGCCAUCGAGAUUCAGCUUCCGCUUUUCCUGCACUCUCGAGCAGCCAGCGAGGACUUUGAAAGGCUCCUAGCACCAAGGCUCGAGAAGCUUCCCAAGAAGGGACUCGUCCACAGUUUCACAGGAACGCUGGAGGAAAUGCAACGGCUGGUGGAUCUGGGUCUCGACAUUGGGGUGAAUGGAUGCAGCAUGAAGACGGAGGAGAACCUGGAAGUAGUCAAAGCAAUCCCGUUGGACCGACUCCAGAUCGAGACUGACGGGCCAUGGUGUGAGAUUCGCCCGUCCCAUGCUUCAGCCAAAUAUUUGGAUGACGCCCCGGCGUUGCCAAAGGCCGUUAAGAAGGAGAAAUGGCAGAAAGGCUGCAUGGUCAAGGGGAGGAAUGAACCUGCCGCCAUCAUCCAUGUCGCCCAUGUAAUCGCGAAGGUCAAGGGUAUUUCCGUGGAAGAGGUUUGCGAAGCAUUCUUUGUUCCGGUUAAUGAUAUAUGCAUCGUGGGUCUAGACACUAGAGGCGAAUGA